UUCAGUCUGUUUUAAGUGCGUUACUAUCUGAGCACGCGGCUAUGCAGGGAAUGCACAUGUGCUGGGCGAACUGCCGCGAGGCUGUGAUUUGCAACUUUUUUCCCCCCUUUUUUUUUAUCGCGCCAGGGUGUAAGAUUACGCAAGCCUCUCAUCUCCAUGCCAACAGCUGUGAACACAGACAGACACGAAGUUCGCUUCCCCGCCCAUCUCCUGACAGCUCCAGAUUCAAACGCUUCCAGCCUCAAGUAGGCCAGCUCAAGGAGGCGAGUUUACACUGAAACACACACACACACACACACACACACACACACAGACACACACAUUCUCUCUCUCUCUCUCUCUCUCUCUCUCUCUCUCUCUCUCUCUCACCCACUCACACACACUCACACACCAAAGAAAAAAGUUCCGACAUUAUCAAUGUUCGCCAUGCUUGUCUACUGACAAUAUAUUUGCAUUUAAAUUAUUUCAGUUUAGAAAUGUUGUCAUCUUACCUGCUGUGUUUGAUGACAGAGCUUAUAGUCGCAUCUUUUGUCAAAUGGGGGCGGGGGUUAUUUAACUCGUAUUUCAGCCAUUAGAAAGAGUCUAUGUUAACUUGCACACCUGCGUCAACGUGCGACCAAGCGGCAUGCCAUUGUUUGCACUACUGAUAUUAGAGCUGACGCGCGUCACUUUGAUCGGGAGGAGCGUUUGGAAUUUAAAUGCCUCUGGAACGGUGAUCUGUCACCGAGUGAAGGGCGCGCUGAGCGAUGUCGCGCGCUCAGUGGCUGACCCGAGCCACGUGACGGCCAUCGUUCGUUCAUAUCGCUGACUGCUGACCCGAUGGACGGAGCCGGCGAGUUGGCACGGUCAUCCGGGGUGAGGCAUCGUCAGUCCCGGGCCUGACAAAAGUCCAGUGACACCGAGACCAUGCGGCAAUGAGCACCUUCUUAGAUUACUCUGUGAUGAGCGGCGGCGGCGGGCCCGGCUCCGCCAGAGCGCUUUAUCCAGAUCACGGAGCCGCGCCUUUCCCUUCCUGCGCUGUCAGCGCUAAUAACUGUGUGGAGGGUGAUCGCUUUAUCGCGACCAGGGGGUCAUCUGGUGGCAUCGCACCUCUCCCUCAGCAGCCGGGGUCCUACCAGCCGCAAGGCCCCCUGGGUAUUACAUAUGCCACCCAACACGGCAGCGGCUCCAGCUACGGCGCUCAGGCUUUCUGUGCCAGCUAUUGCGCGCUGAAUCAAGACCUGGACUCCAGCGCCGGAUACCCCCCGUGCGGCUCUAUAGUUUACUCGGGGAAUAUUUCGUCGGCCGGGGCGCAGCAUCGACGGGGUUGUGGUGGAGCGUCCCUGGACCAGCUCCAGUACACUCACGCGGCAUAUGGACAAGGGCAACCCAAUCUGCCCUUCGCAGGAUGCGCGAGCUCCCUGUCGCCUCUGCAGGUCGCGCGCCGCAGCUCGUGCUGCUCGCCGCUGUCCGAGAGCUCUCCUCCGGCUCAGACGUUCGACUGGAUGAAAGUCAAAAGAAACCCUCCUAAAACGGGCAGAGCCGGCGAAUACGGCUUCGCCGGCCACCCCAACACGGUCAGGACCAACUUCACCACCAAGCAGCUGACGGAGCUCGAGAAGGAGUUCCACUUCAACAAGUACCUGACCCGCGCCAGGCGCGUGCAGAUCGCGGCGGCGCUGCGCCUCAACGAGACGCAGGUGAAGAUAUGGUUCCAGAACCGCAGGAUGAAGCAGAAGAAGCGCGAGAAGGACGGACUGCUGCCCAGGUGCUCGUUUGGUAUCGCCGAGCACGAGGAGAAGGCAGAAGACGACUCUCAAAAAGCGCUCUCUGCCCCGUCCACGCCAUCUCCAGCCUCGUCCACGGGAUCCUCUACAGCUGAUCCCUAUAGCUGUACCUAGAUCGCACGUGCAUCCCACUGGAAAUCUUAUAACGAUUUAAAUAACUAUUUCCCAAAGCAUUAUACAAUCAGGAAUGCUGAGAUAAUCAUAUUUAAAAAUAUAUUCGACGUGUUUCCAAGUCAGAUAUAUAAUAGGGUAAACUGAGUAAAUUAUUACACGAUAGACAAUUAUCACGAGCAACUGACAGGGAAAGUACCCAAAGAAAUGCACUAGCCUAUUCGAGCACUUACAGCGAGAUAAAAUCCAGUCUGGACCUUUAAUUUCGCGUGUUGUGAAACGUUGUUAUAAUCAACCAAGUGUCGUUAAUAAGCCUCCGGGGGUCUGACAGUUAAGCGUUUUUACUUUUUUAACUGAAGGAGCUGGGACACCUCGUGAUGCUGAAACGUGUGCGCGCGCACCGCGGCAGUUUGCACCUUGCACUAGUGAUGGGCUUGGGUGCGCCCGAACUGCUCGAGAGAAGUCGCGCGGAUUCUGAAGUCAUAUAGCCUAUACUGUGCAGUGCUGAAGACUGACUACCCUGCUAUGCGCUGCUUUCUUCGAGUUAAAGUCAGUACGGGUCCUCCUCCAACCUGUGCUGGCACAUUCUUUAAAUACCUCGUAAUUCCUACCUGGUUGAGUUACUGGCGCCAUGGGACUGUCUCGUGUCCAGUGGAGUGUUUAUGUGACGUUUGCAUGAUGUCCAAUGCCUCCCCGUGCUGUCUUUGACACUGGGUUUAUCAGUUAGAAAUGAGCUGACAUCUGUUACCGUUUAAAUGAACGCAACACAAAAAUGUUUUUUUUUUUUUUUUUUUACUUCCUUUAGAGCGGAGCUUACGGGUCUGUGUAUGUAUUAAA